ACUGAAUGUUGAAUCGAUUGAAAAUAUCAAUCAGAAGUGUUUUUAACUAUAUGUUCAUAAUAAUUGGUUAAAAAUAAAUACUGUUAUAUUCCAUUCUCAAGUUUUUCAACGCUUCGAACAACAUGAAUAAAUCGGGCAAUAGAAAAUUGCUGUCUGGUCAAGCAGCUCAAUCCAGCAUGUACGCCUUGAAACCCAAAACAGGAAUCUUGCACAAGUCGAAAGCCAUCGAUUACAACGUUUAUUACAAUGGUCUGGAUGUUACCCCAAAACCGUUGAAUCAGCAAAUUUUCAAGGCCGGAAAAGAGAGGCAGCUUAACGUAGUGAAUAUGUCUGGAGCUGGAGUUGAUACGAGCUCAACGAAAAUGGACGUCAGCAAUCAGUUUCAGAAAUCGAUGUCAGCAGGACGAUUCAAGACAGAAAUACACACUGUCGACUUCAACAGAAGUUUUUUGGGUAACACAAUCGAUGAUACUUUCAUUCUUCAAUCGGUGAUGACCGACACCAAUACCGAAAGUGAGAGGUUGUUGGAGGAUUCAGAGGUUAAAUCAGAUGUUGAGGAUAAGCCGCCGGAGGUUAUCCCAAUAGCUGACAAGAUCAGUCUCAUACUCAAUGAAACGGAAACAUUUUUCAUACUAGAUCUACCUAGCGCGUCGGAAAUCAAAGACACACCAGAAGGAAACUACGUCGAGAAGCUGAACGCCGACUAUGAGUACCUGACAGUAGGAAAGGGUAAAAACCGUAAAGUCAUAGACGCCAUGGUGCAGACCCACGGCACCCUGCGCAAAUCUAGAGAAACCGAGGCUGUCAAGGUGAAAACGGCCAGCCACUCGACCUUCGCGUCCAACUGGGAGAUGUACGACACUUUUCUGGACGACAACUCGCAGGAGAAGCACGUGGAAGAGGACAACGACUCGCAGAAAGACGAGCUGCACGGACUGAACGAUACGGUGUCCGUGGAAAGCUUCAGGCAGUCGAUGGAGGAGAAGCAGCUCUGCAACUUGAUGAAAAACGAGAGAUUCUUGCAGGCGGCCACGGUCGUAGAGAGGCUGCUCGCAAACAACGCCUACAACGUGCAGCAGAAGAGGUUCAAGGGUUUGACUGAAGGGAAUGAGCUGAGGGAGAACAUCGAGUACAAAUACGAACUGGACUUGCUGUGGACUUUCGCCAAUGACCAGACGCAAGGUAAAUGUGUAACAGCAAUAAACUGGAAUCCGUCUAACGAAGAUAUCCUCGUGGUGGCAUACGGAAAGUUCUAUUUCACCGAUAAAACGAACGGUAUGGUGAUGAUAUGGAACAUAAAGAACCCCGUCCAACCAGAAAGACUGUAUUGUUACAACGAAUCCGUAUCUGCUGUCGCUUUUUCCAACGUACAGCCUCAUCUGAUAGCGGUGGGCUUCAACAAUGGUAUCAUCGAGGUGGUGGAUAUCAGGGAGAGAAACCUGACCAUUGUCCAUAGGAGCGGCAGAGACAGUAACGCGUCUUUCGAGACGGUAAACUAUCUAACAUUUUACUCAGGCGACGAGCACUACAACUACGAGGAGCAGAUUUUAGCCUGUUUUAACGACGGCAGGAUCUGCAAGUAUAGGUUGAACCUCAUGACUGUCAUGCCUUGCAUCCAGAUUAUGCGAGCGCCGGAAGCCGAUGGAAAAAUCAAGGGGAUUCAGAAGAUGACGGUGUGUGGGAUUCCGGCCAUUCCCCUCACCAAAUACACGGGUGCUUUACUGAUCACCUUCCACCCGGGUGACCCUAACAUUUAUUACCUCUGUACCAACACCGGGGUUAUACAUAAGUGUUCGACGAAUUACUUUAACCAACACCUGGACCUACUGUUGGCCCACGACGGUCCCAUUUACCAGAUGGAAUUUUCCCCGUUCUGCAACAAGCUUUACGUAACUUGCGGCGGGGACUGGUACAUCAGGAUUUGGGCGGAGAGCAUACACGAACCUCUGCUGGAGUUGGUAACCACGAUGUAUCCUGUGCAGUACGUUCUGUGGAGCCCUGUACACUCCACCAUCUUGGUGGCGAUCCAGAGCAGUCAGAUCCUGAUCUGGGAUCUGCACAGGAAGGUGCACUAUCCGCAGAAUAUCAUAAAAUCACCUAGCGGAUCUCGGAAUUCCACCAUCAAAUUCACGGAGAAUGGGAAGUGUCUGACUGUGUGCGACGUGGAUGGUCAUACGCACAUUUAUUCGUUGGAGAAUAUGCCCAUACCGGCGUUUUUUCAGGAUCACUUGUUGUAUUCGGCGAUCAAGAGGAAUCUGAUCACUAAACCGGACCUUUUGAAGAAGUUUAUGGCGUUGAAGACUAUGAAUUUCGAGAAACCUUCUAAGUAGGAGGGUUCGAGAUUGAGAUGGAUGGUUGUGAAUUUUCGCUGAAACCAGAUUUAUGUAUUAUUUUUGUAUUUGAAGCUCAACUUAAUAGA